AUGACCGAGGUCGAGCAGUUGCCACAAACCGGCGUCUUCCCGCCGGAAGUCGUCGCCCCGCAUUUAGAGACUGAGCACAUUUUCAUCGGACAACGAGACGCGGUGAUCAAAAACUCAGAUAUGCCGGAAGAGCUGCAAGCGGAUGCGAUUGAACUAGCACAACAAGCAUUGGACAGAUUUAAGCUAGAAAAGGAAAUGGCCGCUUUCAUCAAAACCGAAUUCGAUAAGCGUCAUUACCCCUCAUGGCAAGUGGUUGUUGGGAGUAAUUUCGGCUCAUAUGUCACGCAUGAAACGAAUCGUUUCACUUAUUUCUAUAUUGCGCACAUUGCUUUCAUGUUGUACAAAACGGGAAUC